GCGCUCUCGUCUUGUUAACAUGAACUUCGUGGCCUUUGGUUACCGCGUUAAGCCGACAAAUCGUCAAAUCCGCGUUAGCAUAUGUGAUUGUGUUUAUCUUCAAUGAAAACAAUGUAAAAUAAGAUUGCUUCACCUGCUACGACAUAUCACGAAGUUCUAAAUAGCUGAUAAGCAAGACCAAGAAACCCACAUAUCCUAUGUAAAUGCAAAAGACAGAUUGUAUGUGAAUAGUGUUGUGAAAUCAUAUAGUUUUAUCGCUUAUACUGUGAACUGUAGUAAGACAAUUCUGAAGUUACCUGUGAAAUGCAUCAUGUUGGAAAUACUAGUCAGCGUUUCGCAUUUCGCUGUGUCGACACCAGCGCUGGUGAGCAUCUGCAUGGCUGGGACGCUGUUCCUAGCUAUGGUCAGCGCCGCUACAUGCCUGUGCUAUCGGCGUCGAGCAGUCCAGGGGCCCCACAGCAAACUGGUGACAGCCAAGCGGGGCCGGGGCCCUGAGAAGCCCCUGGCCUUCCAACACCACCGCAAGCCCACCGCAGUCAAGAGCCCCGCGGGAGGCGUGUCGGGGCCCCACUACCUCAAGAAGAGUCCCAGUCCUCAGGGCAGCUGCACUCCUGCGGCGGGAGGUUCCGCAGCCACUAGUCCUACGGGACAAGUGAGAAGUCCUCCAGGAGCCAGCCCUACAGAGUCCGCCGCCGACACCGACCUGGUACCUGCAAGAGUAUUUACGGAAAAGGAGACCAAAGACGGGAUGUGUACAUCUCCCUCUAAAGAAGAACUAGAAUCGAACGAGAAGACUUCUCCCACUUCAGGCGGAGGAGCCAAUAAGCUCGGCCAACUGGUUUUUAAGCUCAGGUACAAACAAGAGAAGAACAUCCUGAUUGUGUCUGUGGUGAAAUGCCGCGACUUACCGGCCAAGGACCCCAACGCUGGCUCCAGUGAUCCCUACGUGAAGCUGCAACUCUUACCAGACAAGCAACACAAGGUCAAGACCCGAGUGCUGCGGAAGACCAGGAACCCUGUGUAUGACGAGGACUUCACCUUCUAUGGCAUCAAUCCUAACCAGCUUCAGAGCAUCACCUUGCACUUCGUGGUGCUCAGUUUCGACCGUUACUCCCGUGAUGACAUCAUUGGCGAAGUGUUCUGCUCCCUUGGCACCGUGGAUAUGACACAGGCGGACAACCAACAACUCACCCUUUGUCGUGACGUUCAACCACGCAGUCUCAAGAUACGCUCGCAAGGACGUGGUGAGUUGCUGGUGUCUCUGUGCUGGCAGCCGGCAGCUAACCGCCUCACUGUAGUCGUGUUGAAGGCUCGUAACCUACCCAAGAUGGACGUCACUGGACUGGCUGAUCCCUACGUCAAGAUGUAUCUGAUCGUGAACGGGCAGAGAAUAGCUAAGAAGAAGACUCACGUGAAGAAACGAACCUUGAACCCGGUCUUCAACGAAUCAUUUGUCUUCGAGAUUCCCUCCGGUGCCGAAGGGCUGGACAACGUGUGCUUGGAAUUCCUCCUGCUGGACUGGGACCGCGUCACCAAGAACGAGGUUAUCGGCAGACUAGAGCUAGGAGGCACCAAGAGCACAGGGUCGGCUCUUCACCACUGGAACGAAGUGUGCAACUCCCCGCGUCGCCAAAUAGCUGAGUGGCACAAACUGCGGGAGUAAACAUCAGCACUCAGCACAACGUGUAGAUUGUGUUACAUGUACCCUCCGUAGACUCCGGACAUCAUUUGUUCAAUGUUACUUUAGAGGGCUUCACUUAGGUCGUUACUUGUAGUCUCCUCACCCAGACUAACAAGGCCUACUUCACGAAGACCUUUUCAAAUUCCACAUUUUAACCUUAAAAGUAUCUAACAGGUCGUUGGCCAAUAAUAUUUUUAUACAAUGUUUGGAGGGUUUAAAAUGGAUGUAACCAAUAUUUGAUAAUUAUGACGAUUUUGAUUGGGCAUUAUUUUGUCGCUUUCAAGAAUGGUCUCGAAUUUAUUUUCAGCUGUUUUCAAAUUUAUGAAAAGCCAUAGAGAACCUUUUAGGAAGCUAAUCGUUGGUUAAUUAUUAUAUUUGACUAAUUUUAAGAGAAUCUAUCAAAGUUAAUAUAAUUAUUGUAUCUAAUUGCUUGGCUGUGCGCGAGUUUUUCUUUGAAAUCUUAAUAUUGGUUAUUUAAGAUUUUCUAAGGUGGUACAUAAAUCAUAAAUAAAAUGUUAUAUCAUAAAGUAGUUUAUCUUGAUGAGUAUUAUUUUAUGUAUGUUUACAAAAUGUUUAUUAUAGCUGAGUUAGUUUAAUUUUUGCAAAUAAAGUUUAACUAUUCAUUUCGUAUAUUCUGCAUGAAUUCUAAUCUCAAAAAGAAUUCUAAAAUAAAAAUCUAUGUCAAAGGUUCUUAGAGAACCUAACCCAACAUGAAGAAUCGUUAACGAAUUAUUUCCCCUUGUUUUUAUCCCAGUACUCGUCUAGUUAACAAUAUCAGUCUGAGUAUCCUAACACCAUUAUUGGAUGACCACGUAGGUGUUAUUUUUCUACGUAGUCUCAAGAAGGACAUUUUGCUUGUAGGAUUGUGUAUAUGCUAAUUGUAAAUAUAAACUGUAAGGCCAGUAAAUAUGCUUCGAGUAUUUUAUAUAGCGACCACUGUAGAAUCAUUUGCCCGUAGAGAGUGGCUAGUGUACAUUCAGGUGUUGGCAAUACCAUUUGUUACAACACCAAAUUUUCAAUGCGAAAUUAAAUUAAGUUUAACGCAGAUAAAAAUUGAGUUUUGCGCUUUAAACUAUCAAACUAAUUACUUUUUCAAGAUCAAACUCUAAUUUAAAAUGAUUUGUUUGAUAACAAUUAAAAAUGGAUACUCAUUAACAAAAACAAAGAUACAUUUUAUGAUAUGUAUACGUUGUUGUAAACCGAUGUCUUAAAUUGAUUCACACAUAGCCUUCUCUAAUACCAGGCUUUGGUGUGUGGCAACGUCGCACCGGCCGGCCUGUUGCCAUGGUAACAGCUAUCAUAACAUAAACAUUGCAGAGAAGCUCCAGCUGAUCUAGUGCAACAGCUGUUUCGGUAGGCCGGGGCUGCGGCGUUGCCACUUCUCUCUGUAGCCUUGUCUUAGAGGAGGCCUUCACUACGAAAAAUGCAAGCUUAUUGCCAACGUGUAAAUGCAAAUUUUUCACAAUGUCCCCAUUAACAAAACCACACGAAUGUACAGGAUUCUAUAGAAAAUUGUAUGUUCUAUUUAAUACAUUCCAAGCACAAACAUUAGUAGUGAUAUCGGCCACUCUUAUUUAAGCAUACCUCUAGAUCGUGUACCGAUGUUUAGGUGUUGAACACCUUCACCAAUAGCUCCUUUAUUUAAUUAUGUCCAAUAAGGUACAUUAUUUUUUGUACGUCCUCUCUUAGUUUAACAUAUAAUUUGUUAUAGUACUUUAUGGAAAAUAAAGACUCAAUA